AUGUUGAAACUCGGUGGCGGCGGGCAGGACUGGGCAUGCUCAGUGGCGGGGACAGGUCUGGGAGGCGAGGGAGCCGCGUUUGAAGUCGCGCGGUGGGAGGACGGGGCGGGGGCGGGCGGGGGGCGGGCUGCGGGGGGGCGGCCCGGCCAGGGGGCGCGCCAGGGCUCCCCGGGCUCCGCGCCCGGAAGCAUCGUGCUCCCGGCGGGCGCGGCGGGGCGGGCGCGCUGGGGGCAGGGCGCGCGGGAGGCGGGGGAGUCGGUGGGAGAAGGGGAGGAGCACCCGUCUCGCCACCCCCCGGCGCCGGCUCUGCGGCGGUGGACUCGGAAGCCGCAGGGAGGAUCCGGGGGCAUCCAGACGCCCGAGGAUGACCUCCAGCGAGGCUGCCCCGUGAGUCCGGGCCCGCGCGCUGCCCGCGGCCCCGGCAUGGGCGAGCGCGGCGGGCAGCCCGAGCGCCCGAGCCUGCACGGCCCGGGGGCUGCGGCGGACGCGGGCGCUGCGGCCGUGAACGGGCUGCUGCUGCUGCACAACGGCUUCCACGCUCCGCCCGUGCCGCCGGCGCCCGCGCCCCCGCCCGAGCUCCCGCCGCAGCCGCCGCCCCCUCAGCACGACUCGCCGGCCAAGAAAUGCCGGCUGCGGAGGAGGAUGGACUCCGGGAGGAAGAACAGGCCGCCAUUUCCUUGGUUCGGCAUGGAUAUCGGUGGGACGCUGGUUAAACUGGUCUACUUCGAACCGAAGGACAUCACUGCUGAGGAGGAACAGGAAGAAGUGGAGAACCUGAAGAGCAUCCGGAAGUAUUUGACUUCUAAUACCGCUUAUGGGAAAACAGGGAUCCGAGAUGUCCACCUGGAACUGAAAAACUUGACCAUGUGUGGGCGCACGGGGAACCUGCACUUCAUCCGCUUCCCCAGCUGCGCUUUGCACAGGUUCAUUCAGAUGGGCAGCGAGAAGAACUUCUCCAGCCUUCAUACCACCCUCUGUGCCACAGGAGGAGGGGCUUUCAAGUUUGAAGAGGACUUCAGAAUGAUUGCUGACCUACAGCUCCACAAACUGGAUGAACUGGACUGUCUGAUUCAGGGCCUGCUCUAUGUCGACUCCGUUGGCUUCAAUGGCAAGCCGGAAUGUUACUAUUUUGAAAAUCCCACAAAUCCUGAAUUGUGUCAAAAAAAGCCGUAUUGCCUUGAUAACCCGUACCCUAUGUUGCUGGUGAACAUGGGCUCAGGGGUCAGCAUUCUCGCAGUGUACUCCAAGGACAACUAUAAAAGAGUGACAGGGACCAGUCUUGGAGGUGGAACAUUCCUAGGCCUAUGUUGCCUGCUGACUGGUUGUGAGACCUUUGAAGAAGCUCUGGAAAUGGCAGCUAAAGGCGACAGCACCAAUGUUGAUAAGCUGGUGAAGGACAUUUACGGAGGCGACUAUGAACGAUUUGGCCUUCAAGGAUCUGCUGUAGCAUCCAGCUUUGGCAACAUGAUGAGUAAAGAGAAACGAGAGUCCAUCAGCAAAGAAGACCUCGCCCGAGCCACACUGGUCACCAUCACCAACAACAUUGGCUCCAUUGCUCGGAUGUGUGCCUUGAAUGAGAAUAUUGACAGAGUCGUGUUUGUCGGGAAUUUUCUCAGAAUCAAUAUGGUCUCCAUGAAGCUGCUAGCGUAUGCUAUGGAUUUUUGGUCCAAAGGACAGCUAAAAGCUCUGUUUUUGGAACACGAGGGUUAUUUUGGAGCUGUGGGGGCACUUUUGGAACUGUUCAAAAUGAAUGAUGAUCAGUAGAGAUAAGCUGGAGAUGGAACGACCUUCUGUGAGAACAGAGAACUGAGCAUCACUGCUGGAGAAGGUGUAAACGCCAUGAAUUGGAUGGAUGGACGGAUGGGCGGAUGCACGCACGCCAUGCCAUCAUGGCAGAUGAACCUGCUGGAUUUGUAAAUACUUUAAUAUCCUUCUAGCUGAUCUUUUCUUCAGGGGUUUUGAGCAUAUGUUUCAAAAUGGGGAAUACAAGAGUUUUUUCUGUAUACUGUAUUUUUUAAAAGAAAAACCAUUUGUGCGGCGUGGCCAAAACCUACCAAUUUUAUGCAUUGACAUUGGAAAGUUGUAUGAUGUGUAAGAAGGACCUGAAAUGCAAGUGCUGUUUAUAUUUCUUCUGGGGUUUACUGAUCAGUGUGGUAAUUUUAACUUCAUUUAGUAAUUACUCUAGGAGAUUUUACCUUUACUUAUAUUUUUCAUGACGUUUCAUGAUUUGCUGUUGGUUUCAAGUGAAACUACAAAUCUGGCAUGUUUAACUGUGAACACUAUUUUGUUUGUUUGUUUGUUUAAAUUUUUGGGUCUUUUUUUUUUUUUUUGUUCCUGUUUAAAUGUCAUGGGAAAAAGAGAGCCCUUAUGCUUGGAUAACUCCCCUUCUCCUUCUCCUCUUUCUUUAAAUUUCAUAUUAAUCAAGGUGCUGACCAACUCAGUACGUACUUAAAUGCAACAUCUAAAGAGCUCAGAAAGUGCCCUUGAUGAGAAAACUUUGAAAGUGUCAAUGGAUCUAGGAAGCCUGGUAAAUCUUGAAAACCAUAUGCAAUUAUAUCGUACCCCUUAAGAAUACACUGUCUUUUGUGGAUUUAGUUUAUGUUAAAUUAGUUGAAAUGUUCUAUGUUGACAUGAUCUCAUUCACACACACUGUACAAAUGGCAGCACAUCCUCCUCCAGGACAUCUGAACUAGGAGGAAAGUCUCCCUUGUUGAUUAACUGCACGUAGGGAGGUUGAAGGGAAGUCAUGGUUUGAAGUGUCAGGUAGUAAUAUCUGUUUUGUACGUGUGUGUACUUAGGAGCAUUGUAAUGGGGAUCUGAAAUAAUAAAGUUUUCUCAUUUGAAAUAUCUUUACUUGCAAGGAGAUUAUAUUUCAACCCCAGUUUCUACAGUUAACAAAAAUUAAGAUAUUGAUCUAGCUUUCUAUUUCUUUUUUGAAGACAUCCUUGGAAAUGAUGGGGAACUUUUAAACAAGAGUCUUAACAUGGAGGAGAUCACAUGUUUUAGAGCUAAUCAAUCUUUUGAAUUGAGCAUUUUAUUGAAAGGGAUUUGUUGAAGGGCAGUAAAAUUGCUCCAUGAUAAAUAUUUCCUUCUCUUCCUCCUGAGCACCAUCUUUUAAUUUCCAUAUUUUCAAGUCUUGAAGUUGAUGUUAAUUAAAGUAUUCACUUGUCUGGUUGAAAUAAAGUCUGUUUUUGUUGUGA